CGGAACCGGGAGCCCCGGAAAGAGCUCAACGCCGCCUAGGAGCUCGCUCCACCCAAGAAACGGUGCGCAGAGCGCCCGGUUCCUCCCCCGCCUGCGUGCGACGGCCUUGGUGAUGGCGUACCGUCGGAAGCAGGCCAUCCAGCGAUCGGCCACCUUCGUCGAGGACCACCGCCAGACGUCGUCGGGCGGCUCCGCGUCGCCGGCCGUCGCGUCCCCGCGCGCCACGCGGUUCGCGGACGACAGCCGCCGCCCAGACCGCUCCUCUUGCCUCGCCGCGCAGGCCAUGGCGACCUCGUCCGACGCGCGUGGGGAUGGGGACCUAACGCUACCUUCCUUCAGCGAGCGCCUCCCCACCGCGGCGGCGGCGUCCCAGUGCGCCGCCGAGCCGAGUAGCCCGGUGCAGGACCCUGUCACCCAUCUCUACACAUCCACGACGAGCCUAAACGACGAGGGGCCCAAGUACGACCUCGAGCUAUCCAAGAAAGACCACCGGAAGCAUGGGUUCUGGGGGCUUGUGGCUCAGAAAGCCAAAGUCAUGCUGGACGAAAACGGCACACCACGCCCUCAGGCUAAGACCUCUGAAUCGCUCUGGUCCUACGAUCGGGUCCAAGGAUCGUUGGGAGGCAGGCUGGACAUCAGAGGGAAGAUCAAGGACGUUCUUCAGCAGGAGGGCCUGCUGGUGGUGGCCGACAGCACGACGCCCGGCACCAGCGGCGGUGUCGUCGUCGCUGCCCGGAAGCUGCAGAUCAGGAGGAAGGCGUGCAGCAUGGCGAACCUGACUCCGGCCACCCCCGACAUGGAGUCCCCUCGGAUCAUCAAGGCCUCUCGCGACGUAGCGAACGCCAUGGCGGCCAAGUUGAAGCUGCUGCAGCGGGAGCUCAAGGCACUGAAGGCCGACCUGUCCUUCUCCAAGGAGUGGUGCGCGCAGCUGGAGGAAGAGAACCGGCUGCUCCGGGACGGCAACCACGACGCCGACGAGGACCUGAUACGGCAGCAGCUGGAGACGCUGCUCGCGGAGAAGGCGCGGCUGGCGCACGAGAACACGGCGUACGCCCGCGAGAACCGGUUCCUGCGGGAGGUCGUCGAGUACCACCAGCUCAACAUGCAGGACGUCGUCGGCCUCGACGACGACGAUAUCGACGCCGACGCCGAUUACGACGUGGAGUUGGAGGCUGAGCAGUACCAAGAUCGCCGCAGGUCCCUGCCGUUCCACCAACUCGUGCUGGAGGAAGAGGAGCACCAGGCGGCCGAUCCGGGCACCGAGCCGCAGUCGCCGUCUCGGUGCACGGAGUCGCCGCGAAUGCUAAGCACGAACAGCGGCGGCAGCCCUGACCACGAGUCGUCGCAGCGGAUGCUGAACACGAACAGCGGCGUCGGGAUUGCAAUCGAAUCCCCUAGGAAUAGGAUGCUCAGCACAAACAGCGGCGAGUCGACCCAGAGCUUCGAUCAAGAAUGAUGCUCCUUUUUUGCCAGAAACGAGCAAACGACGAAGGGCGGCUGAUGGUUCUUCGUCUCUGAUUUGUCAUUGCGAUUUAUUAGAUUCUAAUUCACCUGAUCAAUCCUUCUUUCGACUCCAGUCCCAUUGUAGUUUUCUCGCUUAUAUCUAGUGACCAAAUACUCUUUCGGAUGA